AGUUAUAGUUCACCAUUUUAUAUCUCUUAUAAAUGGCAUGGAGAGGCAAAGGUAUAGCCCAUUCAAUGGGCCUGGUAAGUGGGAGUAUAGGCUUAGUGAUUCCCACCUUGAAGGCUGCCUCCAAUAAUGAGGAUGACCCAAAAACAGUUUCGCAAGGUAGUAAAAAGAUUCGACCUAAGGACCUCCCAAUAUAUGGACGUGAUGACAUACAGUAUGAAUAUUAUGUUGAUCCUCCAACAAGUCUUGAGAAAGCAGUGGGAAAUGUGCGUGAACAAGUGGGACCAUAUGUCAAUGAAGCUGUGAAUGGAGCUGAGAAGUAUGCUGUUGCCAUUGCGGGGACAAGUGCCCAAAUCAUCCAAGCAGGUCGUCAUUAUGGUGAAGCCCUGGAAGCAUUUAUUGGAGAUGAGAAGAACGAUGUACCGAAGAUAGGAGCAAUUGCCAUGGGAGGCCUGUUGGGUCUGUUGCUUGCACGGAGAAGAGGUCUUUUCCGCAAGACUCUCUACAUGUCUGUUGCAUUAGGAGCUGUUGUCCUUUAUUUCCACUGUAACAAGAAGAAUUCAGGUGGCAAGAACUUGGAUGGAGUGAAGACAGCUAGCAAGAGAGACUCAACAGGUCAGGUGACUGGUGACUUCGGUCAGAGUAAUCCCCAAGAUCAAGACAUGUACUCAACUCGAUCUAGUUGA